AUGUCUGAAAACAUCGAGUUAAAAACCGUGGGCUUUGAUGCUCGUUUCCCUCAACAGAACCAAACCAAGCACUGUUACCAAUCAUACCUUGACUACCACAAGUGCAUUACAGUUAAGGGUGAAGACUUUGCGCCAUGUAAGGUCUUCUGGAAGACAUACAACUCUCUGUGCCCAAGUGCAUGGGUUGAAGAAUGGGAUGAGCAAAGAGAAAAAGGAAUUUUCCCAGGAAACUUGAAAGUUUAA